ACAGAAUAUGAUUAUCACAAAAAUGGGGCUUUUCAUUCCAUUGUUUUUAUCGGAUAUUAGCCUCACCAUUUUUAACCGGAAGACAGGUUCUCGCUUGUUUACCGUGGAUACGUCACGAUUCGGAUUUUGCUUUUGUUCAGAAAAAUGCUUUUAGACAAGAGUGAGCCCGACUCCUCUGGACCCUAUCCAGGGUUUGAUAAGACUGGGAACUACUACACUCCACGCAAGGCGCCCCGUGUCCGACCAGAGGCCGAGGAAUUUGCUUGUAAAAGCAAAGGAUCACUGGAGCUCUUCGGAAGCGGCACACCAAGAUAUAUCCCCAAAACUCCUCGAAAUGAGACUCGUUGUCAGACGGAAGACGGCAGGAGAAAUCACGACAUUGGAAGGAAUGGAACUGUGUCUUGUCUUCUGAACGGCUCGGCUACCCCCCGUCCCGAACCUGCUCCAGGACCAAGAGUAAAACCAGAAGCGGAGGAAAUUGCAGGUCAUCACAAAGGAAAGUCCACUAGCGAGUUAUUCAAUAGUUACGGACGACUUCCCACUUCUGCGCGUAAGGAGCCGAGAGUUAAACCUGAAGCAACGGAAACUGCCGAAAAGAGUUCAGGUGGAUUUAUGCGUAACCUUAUGCAUGAACCUAACAAAAUACCCCCUUCAUCCCGAAAGGAACCUAGAGUCAAACCGGAAGCUUCCGUAACAGCGAGCAAAGAGGGCAAAGAAAUGAUGAAAAACUUGCAAAGAUUCGGCACUCCUUUGUCAAGUCGCGCAGUGCCUCGUGUUAAACCGGAGGCGGAAGAAAUCGCAGUGCAACAUCAAGGAGGGCGCAUGAGCAGUAUAAUGCAUAAAUACGGAAGUAAUCCACGUGACGUACCUAAUGCACCGAGAGUCAAACCGGAGGGAGAAGAGAUGGCGAGUCUGGACAAAGGAGGGCGCAUGUCCAGAUUAAUGCACGAAGGCAGCAAAGCCCGUCGAUCUCCGCGCCCGCCACCUCGGGCAACUUCAAAGGAGGCACAGUCAAUUGUGCGAAAGAACAGAGGAACUAUGCAGGCAGUAUUGUCUUCCACAGGGGGUCUCAUGAUCGUUCCUACUGCUGGAAAAUGAGGAAUUAAUUUGUUGUUUUGAUUGUUUGUUUUUUGGGGGGUUUUUUUGUUGGUUAAUUUAAUUUUUAAGUUAUUGAUUGAAGGAUAUUCUCCUUAUUACAUUCGAUCUCGUUCCCCUUUUUUGUAGUUUCGUGACUUCUUUUUUUCUCCGUCAGAUUACCCCAUUAAUUUGUGACUUCAUUAGCUUUUCACCCAGCUAAUUUGCGAUCUUUCGUCUUUUCGUCCCGCUAAUUUGCGAUCUCUUGAAUUGUUUUUUGUUGGUCUUAUCCCAACAAAUCUAAAUAUACAUAAAUGUACCAUAGUUGGGGUCUCUAGUCCUAGGUUUAUCGCAUGGCGCCGAUACUUAGACCACUCUUGUUCAGUGCAUUGGCUUAGUUAGCGCCCUGCUUGUAGCGAUCGAUCCUUUUGACAUUGGAGCCAGUCAGAAGGCAUUAAGUGCAAUAGCGAUCUGGGCUGAACAUGAUGGGGACAAUUAGUCCUAUUUUUGCCACAAAGCGCCGUACUACAUGUAAUACCCUAGUUAAACUAAACAAGUCUGUUUAGCAGUCUGAUGACCAGAAACUCUUAGAUCUAUCAGUCUUUUAUUUUUGCACCAGAUUACGUUCGAAAGCUUCAUGUACUAGAACGCUCUGUGCUCUCGCCUAGUGAGAUGUGUUUUAGUUUCGGUACUAUUCAUCUCAGUGACGGAUUUAGUUGGGGUAAAGGGUGUAAUUAAUUUGACAACAUUUUGUAACAAAAUUGGUCUUUUUGCCAUUUCGGACUAUUCACCCGCCCACUCCCUCUCUAAAAAGACACAAACUUGUGUCACAUCUCAUUUUCUGGAUCUGCACCUGCGUCCAACUUUAGAGCUCUAUCAACCUGUAGAAGUCUGCUAAAGCUCCCCGAACUGUCAAGUUACCAUAGUGACACAUGUUUGAGUUUCUUUGAGGACUUUUAACAUUCAAGCUAUUACAAAUUAUUUGGGGCGAAAGGAAAAAAAAUUAGAAGAAAAAAACCAGAAUAGAUUAUGUUACUAACUUGUGGGAUUUGCUUUGUUUUUCCUUUCUUCGGAAUUUGUUGUCUUUUCGUUUAAUUUGGGGCUUGGGACAAAAAGGCUACAAAAUGCUAAUGGUUCCAACGAUUUUUCCUUCUGUCGUCUUUCCAACCCAAAAGACGACAGUAGCACAAAGAGCCACGCAUAUAAGGCAAAUUAUUUGCUCACGUUACUUAUACAUUCCACAUAAUUAUGAGUAUAAUUUUUGUUGCAUGUCAUUUAAGAUGAUACUCCAUUAUUUUACUCGCAAUGACGAAUUAUUACAAUUUCUAUGUUUACUAGUUUGUGCAAUUGUUGUUUAAUAGUACAUAGCUUGUAUAGUAUAUUUUCUUCUUGCAUAGACAAAAGAAAGUGCAAUUCAAAUCGGUUGUUCAGUGGUAAGCAUUUUUCAGUAAAUAAAUCAUAAUCCAUUUAA